GGCGCGGGACAAAACGCGCUAAUUUCAAAUUUACCACCCUUCGCACCAAAUUCGCGAAAUUCUCCAAGUUAACGCUCUUCACCAGGCAAACUUCCUUCCCCCGAAAGUCUCCUACAGCUAAUUAAAGCAGCGGCGAUGCAAAGCUUGGAAAAUCGGGAAAAAUCCCAUUAACCGAAUAGGUGGCAUUGAAUGAAUGUUCUUGAUGAAGCGAAAUAAAUGAUAUGUGGAUAGCAACCCUUGCGUAGCUUUGCGCUCUAAACAGCAUUCAAACCCAAAAAAAUGGCAUCAGCCACCUUUGCAGCCAACCCCAACAGUGAAAACGAGCCCUGGAUUGAACGCCCUCCACUCCAAGGGAUUCAGUUCAGAAUCUGGCACUUAAUGUUCUUCUGCUUGUGUGCUUUUGGAGUUUUGAUUGUUCUAAUAUGCUGCUGCAUAAGGAUAAGGGUGCCAAGGACGAAGCAGGAAAUCGAGGCUGAUUACAAAAGGAAAAAAAUCGCCACCAAGUUCAGGAAACGGUUGAAAAUUAUCAGCAACCAAGAUAUGGAGGCUGUGGACUUGCGAAAGGCACUAGAGAUAAUAAUCGAUGCGGAUUAUCAACAAGAUCUUCAACAGCAGAAGGCGGUCGUGUUGCAAGUUAACACCGAUGAACAGGAAAAGUUGAUUUCCGAUCAAAAAUCGUCAUUUGGAAAAGCGGUGGCGAAUGUUAUUAAAGUGGGCAGACUUUCAAUGAAUAAAGUUAAUUAAAUGCUUAAAACCAAUAGCAAAAUCAAUCGUUUGUUAAAAACAAAAUUUCUUAGCAAGCAGGGUGUUUUUGGUACAUUUGGAAACAAAUUGCAGAACAAUAAAUCGAUUUUAUAUUUUUUUUGCGUGUCCCUACAGGACUGAAGGCAAACUGAACAGAAAGACUAAAAAUUUGUUUCUUUGCAAAAAAAAAUCGAUGAUGUAUCAUUUUAUUAUAUAAAAUUAUCCAGAUAAGUGUAUGAGCUCACGGCGCUGUUGAAGCAAAAACAUAACAUUUUUUUUAGUAUUAAUUUUUUAUCAAACACCUUGUAUUACCAUAGAGUGCAAUCUGUGGUAUGUGUAUGGAUGUAAUAAUAAAACUUGCAGGAAUUUAUUGAACCAGAACUAUAUUUCCAGUACCUACUCAAUAUUAUGUACAUGUUUAUAAACUGAAUUAACAAAUUUUUCUUAUAACCGACCAUCUAUACAACAAAUGUACAAUAUUUAUAAACCUUAAUAUUUCGUUAAAAUCUAGAUCCAUUCGGCAGCAGUUUUCAGAAAAAAAACAUAGUAUAAUAUAAGAUUAAAAAGAAAAAAAAUUUCUUUGUAAAGCAAUGUUUUUUACAAACAGUCCUGAAACUCACUAAAAAAUCAAUCAAAACACCGUAAGAAAAAAAGAACGAAUUACAUUAAAGGCAGCAACGCUUUGGGUGAACUGGGGGGUUUUCGGAUAUUUUUGUCUUAAUCUGGAAUAUCUAUGAUUGUUCCAUAUUUUAAAGACUACUUUAAUAAAAACCCGAAGAUGACAGAAUUAUAGAAGAAUAAUCAAAUUACAGAGACAAAUAUUGAGCAUGUAUCAAGUAUCUACAUUAGCCGGUUUUUAAGUAUCAAAUAAUAAACAAGUCGCACGAAUUAAUGUCUAUUU